AUGUUAAGAACUUAUAGCUCGAGGGUAUCCCGUCUAAGGGUUUCUCCACUCGCAACGUUUCUUCGUAUAAGACACGGGAAUAGAACAUGGACUCCCCUUCUGCAACAAUUUCAUUGGUACCAUGUUGCAUUAAAUGUUAAGAGAUUCUACACAAUAACAUCUACACACGGACAUGAGGUACCGAAGGAAGUUAUAAAUUUACCUCUACAAAAAUACCAUCAAGAGGCUGAUAAAUUUUUAGACAAAUUAUUCGAUAAUUUAGAGGAGUUGAGUGACAGAUAUCCUAAGGAUAUACCUGAUGUGGAUUUAAACCAUGGUGUUAUGACUUUGGAAGUACCUAUCAUCGGUUCAUAUGUCAUCAAUAAGCAACCACCUAAUAAACAGAUCUGGUUUGCAUCACCUUUAUCAGGCCCAAAUAGAUUUGAUUUUUAUAAGAACGAAUGGAUAUCAUUAAGAGAUGGACAAAAGUUAAUAGAUAUCCUAAAUUCCGAGAUUCAAAGUAUUUUCCCAAAAGAAAAUAUUGAUCUGGGUGCCUAG